GCACAUUAGCAGGCAGAAGCCAUUACCAGCCAGGUCCAGUCUUCUCUUACCCCCCCACAACAGGACACUUUGCAGCUCAUUUUCACAGAGCUGCAGCCUGCAGAUGAAGUGCAGCACUGUCACACGCAUGGGAAAAUGAUGAGCAGCAGCAACAGGGGAAGUGGGACUGAGGCCUCCCAUCCAGAUGCUGGGCCCAGCAGCCCAGCUCCUCUGAACAUGAACCACUAUGCUAAUAAGAAGAGUGCAGCUGAGAGCAUGCUGGAUGUGGCUCUACUGAUGGCUAACGCCUCCCAGCUAAAGGCUGUGCUGGACCAGGGGCCAAACUUCUCUUUUUACACUCCCAUCGUCACCUUAAUCAGCAUCUCCCUCUGUCUGCAGGUCACAGUCGGGCUCCUGCUCAUCUUCAUAGUCCGAUGGAACCUGAAUGAUGAGCAAAAGCACUGGGAGCUGAACCUUAUAGAGAACUUGGCCACAAGCCUAGUUUUUAUCAUAGUGGUGGUCAACGUCUUCAUCACAGCCUUUGGAGUCCACAGGCCGAACCGCAGCGACUGAUGAAGAACACACACGCAGUUGUCUUCUAUACACAUCCAUGCAGUCAGCAUGUUUUUGGACCUGACCUUCACAACCCCCAACCUGACCUACAAACACACUGACCUCUCCAGGCCCUCAGAGAACCUUCCAACAACUGGCACAAAUAUCCAACUACUGUUCAUUUACCAGAAAAUCAUUGUCCUGCAUGA